CGUGACGAGUCGGGGAGACCUGCCCGCUACGGCGAGGGCCCCGGGCCAAUCCCCUCCUCCAACCUCGCUUCUUCCCCUCCUCCUCCUCCUCCUCUUCCCCCACCCCUGCUUCUUUCCCCUUCCCCCUUCCCCCUCUCUCUCUCACCCCACCCUCCUCCUCGGCUUCCUCAUCAUCCGCCCCACCGAGACUGUAGUCCCCUCCUCCUACUGCAAGGCCCGCCCGUCCGACCCGCCGCUUCCUCGCGUCUCAGGUUCGUGCCUGGUGGCCGACUCUCGCGGUGGCGGUGGUUCUCCGGCGCCGCGGUUGGGCAGGGGACGAGCGGGUUAGGGACAGAGGGGGUCUUUGCUGCGAUUCCGUGAUGGCGGCGACGGCGGCGAUCUGCGUGGAGGACGAGGCGACCUGCGCCGCCGCGGAAUGCGCGCCGGGGGUCGAGAAGCUGGAUCUCGCUGCCGCCGGCGCCGGCGCCGACGGCAAGGCCGGCGGCGGCAAGAGGAGCGUCUACCUCAUGGACUGCGCGCCGGUCUGGGGCUGCGCGUCCACGCGCGGCCGCAGCGCCGAGAUGGAGGACGCCUGCGCCGCGUUCCCGCGCUUCGCCGACGUGCCGGUGCGCCUGCUCGCCAGGCGCCGGGACCUCGACGGCCUGGGCCUCGACGCCGACGCGCUCCGCCUGCCGGCGCACCUGUUCGGCGUCUUCGACGGCCACGGCGGCGCCGAGGUGGCGAACUACUGCCGGGAGAGGCUCCAGGUGCUGUUGCGGCAGGAGCUGAGGCUACUCGGCAAGGAUUUGGGGGAGACAAGCGAGGUGGAGAUGAAGGAGCACUGGGACGACCUGUUCACCAGGUGUUUCCAGAGGCUGGACGACGAGGUGUCAGGGCAGGCGAGCAGGCUCGUCGGUGGCGUUCAGGAGUCACGGCCGGUGGCCGCCGAGAACGUGGGCUCGACUGCGGUUGUCGCCGUCGUGUGCUCGUCCCAUGUGGUGGUCGCCAACUGCGGGGAUUCGCGUGUUGUCCUCUGCCGUGGAAAGGAGCCCGUAGAGCUGUCGAUUGAUCACAAGCCUGACAGGAAGGAUGAGCGGGCGAGGAUUGAGGCCCUGGGAGGCAAGGUCAUCCAAUGGAACGGUUACCGGGUCUCCGGUAUACUUGCUAUGUCAAGAUCGAUUGGGGACCGGUAUUUAAAACCAUUCGUCAUUCCAAAACCAGAAGUUACAGUCUUUCCUAGGGCGAAAGAUGAUGACUGCCUCAUUCUUGCAAGUGAUGGACUGUGGGAUGUCAUACCGAAUGAAGAGGCAUGCAAAGUUGCACGGCGUCAAAUCCAACUGUGGCACAAGAACAAUGGUGUCGCAUCAUCAUUGUGUGAUGAGGGUGAUGAAUCCACUGAUCCUGCUGCACAAGCUGCAGCUGAUUAUCUUAUGAGGCUCGCACUGAAGAAGGGUACUGAGGACAAUAUCACUGUCAUUGUGGUUGAUUUGAAACCUCGAAAGAAGCUCAAGAGCAACUCAUAACAUUGAGCUGGAUCCAUCAGAGUUAGAGCUGACCAUGAUAUGUCCAAAGACUUCUAUUGCUAGUUGGUCGUCCGGAUGAGACUUGACCCACAUUUUUUUUUUCGUUGGGCCUCAAGAAUUGUACAUGUAUAUGCUAGAUGCAUUUUCCGUAGAGGGUUAUGCUUAACCCCACUCUAUUUCUAGUGGCUAAAAUAUUCUCCAAUCGGCUUCUACCUUGAGCCCUGGCACUUGGUAUAUCCCCAAUGCUGUAUGAUAGUCGAACUUGUAAAGAGCCAAGCGGCUGAGACGGUCACUAAAAUUAACAUAUUGUUACCUUAAUGAUUCAAGGCCUA